UAUAGUCCCUCCCUUACCCACUUCGCCUCCCCUCGUUCUAGACACCAACUUCAUCCUCAGAAUCACCUCUACACUCUCUCCCUCGUCCACCAUGUCUAAAUUUCGUUCGCAACGCAAGCGAUCGCCUUCCAUCUCUGAUGAUGAUGCUUGGAAGGUCGACCAUCCAUUUGGCCCGCCUCGUACUUCGUCCUUCGCGGGCGGUGGUAUCCGACGACUUCGCGAUACCUUAUCGAAACUCUCCCCAUCCUCCCUUGCAGAAAAAGAACUUCUCAAGGAACAGAAUCGAUACAAAAUUCCGUUGACAGAGAGAAACGUCGACACCUUCGUUACUGAGCAGGAGUGCACGGAUGCCUGUUAUCCUGAUCAGCAUUCCAGGGAGUUGACCGUCUCUGCAUGGCUUGAACGACUCUCUUAAAAAAAAGCAAACAUCGUGAAUCCGUCGAUCUUGGCUUUCUGAUUCGACCGUUACUACAAGAUCAUCUCAUCCACUCCUAAUUGAUGCGCUCGCAAUGCCCAACGAGCGAGUUCAACGCUUUCCAAAGUUUUUUGAACCUCCACCAGGCACCACGUCUGUCAUCACUUGGUGAUAAUUGCCGACAAAACACCGACACCAGAGAACACCUUCUCCAUGUUCAUAUUAUUGCGACAUAUUGUCCAGAUGACUUAUGCAAGUUCCUUGACCAUCACGCGAACGGCCAACGUCAUUUAAAGGCGCAGUGUCAAACAUGCACGCAGCCAAGGACUCUCCACUGCACUACACUACUUUUGUACGACAGCCCUGCAGGGACUUCCCCUCCAUACGACAGGGGCCGAUCGGUGGAAUGGCUGCGAGCCUGCUGGGGAGCCUAGUGGCAGUGCGCCACCCGCGAGGCCGCGACAGCCGCGAAACAACCGAAUAAUCCCUGUCGCCCUUUGAUGGGACGUCACCUGAUUGCGCUUUCAACAAUCACCGCCCGGGUGGUCUAGUGGUAUGAUUCUCGCUUAGGGUAACAACCCAAGCAUAUCUGCGAGAGGUCCCGCGUUCGAUCCGCGGCUCGGGCCUGAUUUUUUUUUUCUUUUUGUUUUCUGUUGUUGAAUGAUUAUUUUCGCUGUUGCUAUAUGCGACUUUUUGGUAGAUACCCGGUUAGAAAAGAGGAGUUUGGUGCUGUUGGGUCCUGACAGCAUCUAAUUAUGCUGUAUUUGCUAGGUUUAGCACAUAAAUUAUUUUUAUAAGAAAUUUUGGUGCGACUUGAUAAAGAGUAUUAGUUAAGAAUAUAUAAAUCGUGCUUGG